UUCUUUCAGUCUGUCGGACAAAGCUUGUACCUAUCUGUAAUGCCUCCAGACGCAGUGUUUCCAUGGAGACAGUGUCAUCUCGUGGCCUGAAGCGCAGAUUCGAGGAGGUGGACAGCGGCUCGCCGUGUUCCACACCCAAAGAUUCGGAUGAUGACAUCUCUAGCAGUGACAGCGCUGAUAGCUGCGACAGUCUCAAUGCUCCCUCCAGCUCCCUCACACCCCACUCCAUUCUCAGAAGACACAAAGCAUCUUUAGGUCGUAAGCAGGUAUGCUUUGACGCAGUGACAGUCUAUUACUUCUCCAGAAGGCAGGGCUUUACCAGUGUGCCCAGUCAGGGUGGCAGCUCCCUGGGCAUGGCACGCCAUCACUGUGCUAUACGACAUUACACCCUUGGCGAGUUUGCACGCGAACAAGAGAGCAGCCACAAGCAUGUGCUGCGUCAACACCUACGGCAAGAAAAACUCAAUGCUCGCAAGUUAAAGCUGACACGCAAUGGAACUGUGGAUUGCCCCGAAGCUGAUUUGCUUACCCUGGAUGACAUAUCUGAUGAGGAUCUGGAUGUUGAGAGUGUAGAGGUGGACGAUUGCUUCUUCCUGCAGCCUCUUCCAACCAAGAGGCGUCGGGCACUACUGAGGGCCUCAGGAAUUGCCUGUAUAGAUGCCAGAGAAAAGGCUGAGCUCCGUGCCAUACGUUUGUCCCGGGAGGAGUGUGGUUGUGACUGCCGCUUCUACUGUGACCCUCGGCACUGCGGAUGCAGCCAAGCUGGAAUUAAGUGCCAGGUGGAUCGGAUGUCCUUCCCAUGUGGCUGCACCCGUGACGGUUGUGGUAAUACAGCUGGCCGCAUUGAGUUCAACCCUCUUCGUGUGCGUACCCACUAUCUUCACACUAUCAUGAAACUUGACCUGGAAAAGAGAAGCCUGUUGGGUGUAAGGUCUGGAGAGGAUUGUGGGGAAGAGACGGAGUUAGUCUCCUCGCCAUCUCUGUCUCUUUCUCCCUUGGACUCGGAUGUGGAGGUGGAAAGCCAAAGUGUUCAGGAGCUGCAAGAGGAGCAGUGCGACAGCCUGGAGCGUGAGAAUGAAACAGCCGUGCUUCACCUACAGAGUGCGGAGGAAUGGGAAAGGAGACUGGAACAAGAAGAGCAGCAGGUUGAGGGUGUCCUUCUAGAAGGGCCUUUUCCUGAAGGUGCCACUCUGCUGUGUAUUACAGAGAACCAUGCAGAUGAACAGACCGAGCAGAGGCUGCUCAAAGAUCCUGCUUCUGUCCUCUAUUAUCAGGUAGGUCAUGUAGAGACAGCAGCCUUUGAGACACUUCCUGCGCAAGUAGAGGAGGUGGUGAGCGAAGGUGGGGAUCCAGAUAUGGAGAGUGAUCGGCAAAAACAAGAAACCUGCGGGCAGGAUUCGGCCAAGAGCUUGUCUGUCGAAGUACCUCCACCUCUCGAGAAUGGGGGCGAAGAACAACUUUGUCCUGAACAGGCCUCAAAUGACAGGGAAUGCCUCGAGACGUGCCUGUCACUGGAUGAAAAGGCAGUACAACUUCCUCCAGAAGUGUAGAGCCCAUCACCUCUGCAGAUGUUUUGCACAAGUUAGUCAUUAAAUUCAAAGAGAGCCUACUCCACACAGUGCGAUACGUUACAUGACUGCAUAAUGUUAUUACAUGUUAAAGAAACAAGUUACCUUCAUGGGUUUGUAUCCAAUUUAGCUGGAGAUAAGCAUGUACUGUGUUUGAAGUAGGUUGUCCGUGGUAAAAUAAGUUA